AUGGCGUGCAAGGACGGUCAGUUGGCAGUUGGAGCAGUUGGACAACAACACCGGUCGCAUUAUGUCCGGGAGUACGGCGGUCGGCAUGCGGGUGUCGGAAGCAAAUAUGGGGCCCUCGCCCCGAUCUCGAUGGUGCUCGGGGAAGUGGAGGAGCUGCAACCUGGCCCAGCGGAGAAACAGGAUUGA